UUUGCAUAGUUUAUUUUUGUUUUUGUAAACUAUGCAAACCGAGUAAUUUCCAGUUUCCAGCAAACAAUACUACAGCUGGCAAUUGUAGAAGAAAGGAGCAGCUAAACAAAGCACCAGAGGCAACCAGAAACUGGAGUCCACCAGCUGGAGUGAGCGCUGCAUAAAGUUCUCGUACCACCUGACAACGUGUAAUUUCCGCAAUUCGAUUUGGCGAAAAGGUAUUGUUUUGCCAGCCUGGCGGUCAGUCCACGACGACAGCAAUGAGUCUGACGGUAAAUGUAGCCAGCUUGCGCAGUGCCAGAUGCUAAUGCCCGAUGCUGGACACGCUUUUUGGACACGGCUGCUCACCAAGAGGGCUCAACCAACACGACAACAGCUGCUAUACAGGGCUUCCAAUUCAAAUUCCAUUUCCACCGAUAAACGGCAAAGCGAAACGCGUGACGAUCGUCAGUUGAAUGCCAAUGCCAGAGUAGACAAGGAGUGCAGUGAACGCCCACCCACCAAACCCCCCAAAGAUGCGAUCACGCAAAGUGCUGCUUAUAGUUGGAUUUCUAAUAACGUGGACCUACGCCACCUACUAUCUACUGCUCCGCAACACCGGAGUGAACUUGAGCAGGACUCAGGCGCAUCAGCUGUACCGUCUCAACGUCGAGGCGAGAGAUGCUAACCACAAAAGUCACAACAUGGCCGUGAAUCUCUUCCAGUUGGUUAAAGCGAAGUAUGAGCAAGCCCAGACGGUCUCCACGCCCCAGAUUAGCAUAGUGGCUGCCGAGAUUUCAGGGGAGUUGCUGGAUCAACAUGUGGCAAAGCAAACCCUGGCGCCGAUACCAACGAGAACAUACAUCGGCAAUGGGGAGCCUGUCUUUCCCGUACUGGUAUUUGCCUGCAAUCGGGUGUCCGUCAAGAAGUGCAUCGAUAAUCUGGUUCAAUAUCGUCCCAGCAUGGAGCAAUUUCCCAUUAUUGUGUCACAGGACUGUGGCGAUGAGGACACCAAGGAGGUUAUCCUCUCCUUCGGUAAUCAGGUGACCCUCAUUGAGCAGCCGGACCAGAGCGACAUCAAAGUCCUCCCGAAGGAGAAGAAGUUCAAGGGCUACUACAAGAUAGCCCGACACUAUGGCUGGGCUCUGAACACAACUUUUAAAGUUGGUUUCGACUUCGCCAUCAUUGUAGAGGAUGACUUGAACGUGGCGCCAGAUUUCUUUGAGUACUUCCUGGGCACACACAAGCUGCUCAAACAGGACCCAAGUCUGUGGUGCGUCUCCGCCUGGAAUGACAAUGGCAAGGCUGCUGUUGUGGACGCGUCGAAGCCAGAGCUGCUUUAUCGCACCGACUUCUUCCCCGGCCUCGGCUGGAUGCUCACCAAAGAGCUGUGGGGCGAGCUCUCAGUUAAAUGGCCCAAAUCCUUCUGGGAUGAUUGGAUACGUCAUCCGGCCCAGCGAAAACAUCGCGUGUGCAUUCGACCGGAGAUAUCUAGAACUCGCACUUUCGGGAAAAUAGGCGUAUCAAAUGGGCUGUUUUUUGAUAAGUAUCUGAAACACAUUAAGCUCAGCGAGGACUUUGUGCAGUUCACAAAAAUCAAUAUGAGCCAUUUGCUAAAGGAUAAUUAUGAUAAGAACUUUGUGCAGAGUGUCUAUACGUAUCCCAUCGUUACGUACGAUGAGCUGCGUCGCAACCUGAUAGCCGCCGAGGGACCAGUCCGCAUCCAAUACACCACGCGGGAGCAAUAUAAGCGGAUAACCAAGAUGCUAGGGCUCAUGGAUGACUUCAAGAGCGGGGUGCCACGUACUGCCUAUCACGGCAUCGUCUCGUUUUACUACAGCAAGCGACGCGUGCAUCUGGCCCCCAAUGCCAACUGGAAGGGCUAUGAUCUCUCGUGGAGCUAACGACGCUAAGAACAAACCUUACCAACACCCACAAACACACACCCACACACACAGCUAGGUGUGCUUGCAAUACCAAAAAGUAGUCAUAUUUGUUUAGUUCUUAUUUUGUUUGACCAACUAGUUAAGUUGUAACUAUGGAAUCUCCUUGAGCAGGCAGCGCUGCUGCACCACUGCAUGCGAAACAUAACAGAAUCAAAUCAAAAGAGUCUCCGCCAUGUAUACAUAGCUUCUAAUUACCUAAACUGAGGGGCUCUUGGGAAGCAAACGGAAACCCAAACGCAACGUACUAAUAUAUUGUAAAUAAGUCAGUGUUGUUUUGCUUUUGUUGGAGCUUAAUAACUCUCGUCACUCCAUUGCGUUAAAUGCAAUUAGCAAAGAGCUAGCAAUAAGAAAUAGUUCUAAGAGACAGGAUAAUAGCGAAACUUGGUGAUCAAAUGUGUUUCGAUUAUUUGUCAUGCCCCCCCUCCGCCACCGAAAAUAAGGUCUCGAAUCCGAGUUACAUACAUAUAUAUAUAUAUAUCUACCGAUCUGGACAACAAUUCACGAUCGAAUAGUUCUUAAUUAUUCUUCUGGUGUGGCCAAUUAAAUCGUUGUUUCAGUUGAACGAGUAGGAAAUGACGGCUAUUAAAAAGUAAUACAAAAUUCAA